AUGUGCCAAGGGAUAGACUCACCGGAGGAGUCCGCUUCUCUUGGAUCUAUUCGCAACAGCAGCAAUGUCAUUGCCAUACGGGCUGAUCGCAUUGCUUUGCAGCUUGACCAUUCCCCGAUGGCCGACAUCCACCAGCCCGAUUUGGCACUUACGGGAUGGUGUCAUAUCGCUCUUGUCACUGAUCGCCCUCACACAUGUGUGCCCAAAGUUAUCCAGUCGUCCGGACCAAGCUGGGUCAGAAUUGUCUCAAACCUUUGGAAACACCCGUCGGACCCUGGUUAA